AUGUCAAUAUAUGUUGCCACCAUGGAAGGAAGGAUGGUGAAGUAUAUAGUUCAGAGAGAUGUACGCAAUUUUGCUUUUAUGUUAUUGAAAUGGCUUGGUGUUGCACUACCAGCAACAUUUUUGAACUCCCUCAUUCGCUACCUUGAGUGUAAAAUAGCCCUGGCAUUCAGAACGAGGCUGGUGAACCACGCUUACAACCUUUACAUGACCAACCAGACUUACUACCGAAUCAGUAAUUUGGACUCGAGGAUAGAGAACGCCGAUCACCUGCUUACUGAAGACAUCACUGCUUUUACUGCAUCCCUAGCACAUCUAUAUUCCCAACUGACCAAGCCACUCUUUGACUGCGCAUUAAUCGCACUAGCUCUUGCUAGAUCAAGCAGGCAAAAGGGUGCUGCCAUAUUACCAGGUCAAAUUCUGGCAUUCACUGUUAUAUCUUUGACUGGAGUUGUACUCAGGAAUUUAUCACCCAAAUUUGGAGCGUUGGUGGCUGUUGAAGCCGAACGGUCUGCAUAUUUAAGGAGUGUCCAUGCACGUAUCAUCAGUAAUUCUGAAGAAGUUGCAUUCUAUGGUGGUCAUGAGGUUGAAUUAAGACAACUCAAGUCUGCUUAUAAAUCAUUAGUUCAACAUAAGAAUAAAAUAUUUUGCCAAAGACUGUGGUAUAUAGUUUUAGAACAGUUCCUAAUGAAGUAUGUUUGGAGUGAAAAGGAUAGUGGCGUAAGCGAUAGGACUCAGUACUUCACCACUGCCAGGAAUCUACUUCUUUCUGGAGCUGAUGCAGCUGAAAGAUUAAUGUCUUCUUACAAGGAAAUAGUGGAAUUGGCAGGAUACACGUCUAGGGUCGGCAUGAUGUUAGAAGUGUUUGAAGAAGUGUCUGAAGGAAAAUACUCUAGAUCUCUGGUAUCAUCUGCUCCGAGUAAUGUACUUACCAGCACUGAUGGAAGUAUUAGACUUUGUGAUGUACCUAUAGUUACCCCCACAGGAGACAUGGUUGUCCCAAGCUUGUCUCUUGUUAUCAAACCCGGUCACCACUUACUAAUAACAGGACCGAAUGGUUGUGGCAAAUCUUCUCUCUUCAGGGUCAUCUGCGGACUUUGGCCCAUUUAUGGCGGAACUCUUCAUCGACCUCUAACUGCUAUGUUUUAUAUACCUCAAAAGCCUUACAUGCCAAUCGGAAGUCUUCGAGACCAGGUGAUUUACCCGGAUACGAUCGAAGAUAUGAUGAAGAAGGGAAAAACAGAUGAAGAUCUAGAUAAAAUUGUUUCCCUUGUCGCUUUAUCUUCGAUUGUCGUGAGGGAAGGUGGGUGGUCGGCUGUUGCAGACUGGAAAGAUAUUCUUUCCGGUGGAGAAAAACAGAGGAUAGCUAUUGCAAGGCUAUUUUACCACAGACCGUCUUUUGCAUUACUUGAUGAAUGCACAAGUGCGGUCAGUAUCGAUAUCGAGAGUAAGAUGUACGAGGAUGCCAAGAAGGAAGGAAUCACGUUGCUGACUAUUACUCACAGGCCUACAUUAUGGAAAUUUCAUGACCAAAUCCUGCAGUUCGAUGGACAAGGAGGUUGGGAAUUAAAAGAAAUCCCAAAGGAAUCCUCUUAG